GGGACCAGAGAAGGGCCGGGCAAACCGGAGAAGAGAAGAGGGGAGACCCGCCACCUCCCUCCUUUGCUCACUGACUUGCUCCCUUCCUGGUCAGCGGCUGCUGCAGUGGUGGCUUUGGGACUAGAGAGCAGUCCCGAAGCUGGCGGCUGGAUUUGCCAGUCUCUGCUGUUCCCACUUUCCCACGGGGGGCCCUCUCCCAUCUCCCAUCUCAAGAUGGCAGCCAGCACCUCUGAGGUCUCUGAGAUGAAGGGGGUGGAAGACAAUUCCAAGACCCAGAGAGAAGGACCUGGCCAUUCUGAAGCUGGACUGGCCCCUGUCGAGGUUGUAGCAGGGAUCCCAGACCAGCCAGAGGCCCUUCAGCCAGGCCCAGACAUCACUGCAGCCCCUGUGGACUUAGGGCCUAAGGAGGGGCUGGCCCCAGAAACCACAGAGACCCCAGUUGAGGCCCCAGAAACAGACCAGGCUACAGACCUCAGCUUAAACCCAGGAAGGGAAUCCAAAGCCAGCUCCAGCCCUAAAGAAGCAUGCCCAGCACCAGCAUCUAAACCAGAAGUGAACAAAGAGGCUGCUGCAGAGCAGGGAUCUGAGCAGGAGCCUGUAACCCCUCCUGAGCCAGCCUCAGAGCCUACUUCCCAGCCAAAUACCCAGUCAGACUCAGACCCUCAGCCAGCUUCCCAGUCUGCUCCAAAGUCAGCUCUUCAGCCAGAGCAUCCCACCCAAGAGAACCCUACCCCUGAGGUCCUGAGAGAAAGUAUGGGGGAAAAGCAAGAAAAUGGAGCAGUGGUUCCUCUUCAGGCUGGUGAUGGGGAAGAGGGCCCAGCCCCCCAGCCUCAUUCACCACUCUCAACCAAAACGCCCCCAGCCAAUGGGGCUCCCGCCCGUGUGCUGCAGCAGCUGGUUGAGGAAGACCGAAUAGGAAGGGCACACAGUGGGCAUCCAGGAUCUCCCCGAGGUAGCCUGAGCCGCCAUCCCAGCUCCCAACUGGCAGGGCCUGGGGUAGAAGGGGGUGAUGGCACCCAGAAACCUCGGGACUACAUCAUCCUUGCCAUCCUGUCCUGCUUCUGCCCCAUGUGGCCUGUCAACAUUGUGGCCUUCGCUUAUGCCGUCAUGUCCCGGAACAGCCUGCAACAGGGGGACGUGGAUGGGGCCCAGCGUCUAGGCCGGGUGGCCAAGCUCUUAAGCAUCGUGGCACUUGUGGGGGGGGUCCUCAUCAUCAUCGCCUCCUGCGUCAUCAACCUAGGCGGUGAGUGGGGGUCAGGGACAGGCAGGGGAGGUGUGGAAGGGUUGACCAGGGCAGCUUUACUAACCCCUGACCCUGCUCUCUCCUGUCUGUCCUCCCCACUUCUUUGUCUCUUCCCCUCUCCUCCCCUGUCUGUCCUUCCCUCUCCUCUCCCACAGUGUAUAAGUGAGGGGCUCUACCCUGCAUUCCAAGACUUUUCUUCCUGUUGGGAGCUGCCUUGGGCCCAUCCCUCCCCUAAGGGAAGCCCAAUCAAUGGCUCUGGCCCCCAUCCCUAGGGACCAAGGGAACCUGGCAGCCUUGUUUACAGCUUCUUUCCUGCUCCUGCAUCCUGUCAGGCUCCUCUGCCAACAGUAGGCCUCCCUUCUUCCUGCACUGUUUCCAACCUCCCUGCACUUUUGCCUGCAGACCUCCCCAAGCCUGCACUUUGGAAACCUCUCUGCACUUCUGGAAGCCUUCCCAAACAUCUAAACCGUACUCUCUGACCCUCUGCAUCUCUCUCCACCUCCCUGCACUUCUUCCAGCCUCUAGAAUCCUCUGAACCUCAACCUGGCCUCCCAUUCCCAAAUUUCAUUGUCUUGGCAUCUAACCCAUGCCUUUCCUCUUCCCUUCUUUAACAUCUUUUCUCCCUUGCCACAUCCCCCGCUCCUUUCCUUUUUCUGCCUUCUCAUCCUCCCUUAGCAUCGUCUUCAUCCUCUUGCCACCAUUUAUUCUGCAAAAACUCCAGCACUUAGAACCUGCUGGGGAGGAAGGGGGAGAGGUCCACCUAAUUGGGGGCUCUGACUGUUCUCUGCUGAGACUACCCUGGCCCAGACCAUCCCUCCCCAGCAAGGUGCCUAUUGGGUCGCAGAACCGGAAAGCCAGGCCUCACCUGGGGGACUUGCACAAGAGUGGGAGUCCUCCUUCUGAAUAUCCAGGGGAGGAAGGAGAGCCGCGACCGCUAAAGGGUCAGCCUAAGUUGACCUGCCCAUCUGGGCUUUUUAACCUCAGUUUCUUGUUUGAAGGUGUCGGGGGCGGGGGAUUCGGGCUGUUCACAUGCUUUAUAAACAGAAGAAUUUAAAAAAAAUAAAAAAGGAUCAAAACUCCCAGCUGCAGGGAGGGAAGGAGGAAGGAGGGGUAGGGGAACUCUAUAAUUAUAAUUUUCUAAAAGGACUAGGGAGGUUUGUUGCACGCGACAUCCGGCUGAGGAGGCAGGGAGCCAGCUGCAACGCCUUUCGGAGUUGGCAGGGGUUUUCUGUUUUUGUUUUUCCUUUCUUUCUUAAAAAAAAGUCCGGGGGGAAACUAAAAUUCCUUUCAAAAAAAAAAUCAAACUGAUUCUCCCUUUUUGUAUGCUGAAUGCUGCAUGAGUCUUAAACACCAAUAAAAGGAGAAUGCAUGAGACUCGC